AUGGUACCUUCACAGAAGACAACAGACAUGGUGUCGUCCGGGUGCAGUAUUGCAUUGCUCUCCGCCUGUAUAUUCUUGGCUCCAACUCCAGGACUCACACAGAAGACCUUCUAUGGACAACUUGUGUCUGGGGUGUAUAUGAAGACUCAGGUCCCCAGCUCCUCCUUGUGUCAGUCUGUGUGCUGGUACUCCGUCUCCUGUAGGUCCUGUACCUGGGCUACAAGGACGGGCCUGUGUUCCCUCAGUAGUGAGACCAGGGACACCUCACCAGCCUCCUUCUCUGUCAGUCGACAUCACGUCUACACAGACGCCAUCGUUCCGAAUACACCGAAGGCUGAGCAUCCCUGCAUCAAUCGACCAUGUGAUGCAGGGGAGAUCUGCAUCCCAGUGGAGGCAGCGACAAACAAAGUGUGCCUCAACACUGGUAGGUUUACACUUGUACUUGACCACUCCAACUACUUCGGAACCUUUGUCGACUACUUCAUCGGCCUCAACCACUUCAACCACUUCGGAACCUUUCACGAUCACUUCAACUACUGCAGAACCUUUGUGGACAACUUCAUCGGCCUCAACCAGUUCAACCACUGCAGAACCUUUGCCGACAACUUCAACUACUGCAGAGCCUUUGUCGACUACUUCAUCGGCCUCAACCACUACAACCACUGCAGAACCUUUGUCAACCACUUCAACCACUGCAGAACCUUUGUCGACCACUUCAACUACUGCAGAACCUUUGUGGACAACUUCAUCGGCCUCAACCACUACAACCACUGCAGAACCUUUGCCAACCACUUCAACUACUGCAGAACCUUUGUCGACAACUUCAUCGGCCUCAACCAGUUCAACCACUGCAGAAGAUUUGCCGACCACUUCAACCACUGCAGAACCUUUGUCGACCACUUCAACUACUGCAGAACCUUUGUGGACAACUUCAUCGGCCUCAACCACUACAACCACUGCAGAACCUUUGCCAACCACUUCAACCACUGCAGAACCUUUGUCGACCACUUCAACUACUGCAGAACCUUUGUCGACAACUUCAUCGGCCUCAACCAGUUCAACUACUGCAGAACCUUUGCCGACCACUUCGACCAAUUCGGAACCUUUGACGACGUCUUCAUCUACUUCAGAACCCUUGUCGAACACUUCAUCGGCCUCAACCACGUCAACAACUGCAGAACCACUGUCCACCACUUCAUCGGCCUCAACAACGUCAGCCACUUCGGAACUAUUGUCAACCACUUCGUCCACCUCAACUACAUCAGAAACGACCACUACUACUUCUACAACAACGACAACCACCACCACCACAACAACAACAACGACUACCACCACUGAAGCUCAGACAAAUGCCUGUGUAUCCAACUGUGCGGGGCUAUCUGGAAGACACCACUCUUGCCAAGGCUGUCAUAAGUAUGUUGUUUGCCUCGCAGGG